GCACCUCCAAGAUGAUGAGUUAUUAUAUGGACACAACCAUCGGCAGCACAGCUCCUUACCCUUUGGCUCGGCCUGGGAUGAUGAAACAAGGAGUCCCCGCUCCCUGCGAGGAUCCCUGGGUGACGUGCGGCUUCCAGGCCUCCUGCUGCCCUCCCCGGCCGUGCUGCCCGCUGUGGGACGAGCCCGCCACGCAGGAGGUGCCCACCGGGCUGGAGCACUACAGCACGGACAUGGAAUGUGCGGAUGUGCCUUUAUUAACGCCCAGCAGCAAAGAAAUGAUGUCCCAGGCACUGAAAGCCACGUUCAGCGGCUUUGCCAAGGAACAGCAGCGGCUGGGAAUUCCCAAAGACCCCCAGCAGUGGACGGAGACGCACGUGCGGGACUGGGUGAUGUGGGCAGUGAACGAGUUCAGCCUGAAGGAAGUGGAUUUCCAGAAGUUCUGCAUGAACGGAGCAGCCCUCUGUGCCCUGGGCAAGGAGUGCUUCCUGGAGCUGGCGCCUGACUUUGUGGGAGAUAUCCUCUGGGAACACCUGGAGAUCCUGCAGAAAGAAGAGGUGAAACCGUACCCAGCAAACGGAGUGAACACCACAUACCCCGAGUCCCGCUACACUUCAGACUACUUCAUUAGUUAUGGCAUCGAGCACGCCCAGUGCGUGCCCCCCUCCGAGUUCUCUGAGCCCAGCUUCAUCACCGAGUCCUACCAGACGCUGCACCCCAUCAGCUCGGAGGAGCUGCUGUCCCUCAAGUACGAGAGCGAUUAUCCCUCGGUGCUGCUGCGGGAGCCGGCGCAGGACUCGCUGCAGACAGACUACUUCUCCAUCAAGCAGGAGGUGGUGACGCCGGACAACAUGUGCAUGGGCCGUGCCAGCCGAGGUAAGCUGGGAGGCCAGGACUCCUUCGAGAGCAUAGAGAGCUACGACAGCUGUGACCGCCUGACGCAGUCCUGGAGCAGCCAGUCCUCCUUCCAGAGCCUGCAGCGCGUCCCCUCCUACGACAGCUUUGACUCCGAGGACUACCCUGCCACCCUGCCCAGCCACAAGCCCAAGGGCACCUUCAAGGACUAUGUGAGGGACCGGGCCGACAUGAACAAGGACAAGCCUGUCAUUCCUGCUGCCGCCCUGGCUGGCUACACAGGCAGCGGACCCAUCCAACUGUGGCAAUUCCUGCUGGAACUGCUCACUGACAAGUCCUGUCAGUCCUUCAUCAGCUGGACGGGUGAUGGCUGGGAAUUCAAACUUUCAGACCCAGAUGAGGUGGCCCGGCGAUGGGGCAAGAGGAAAAACAAGCCCAAGAUGAACUACGAGAAGCUGAGCCGCGGGCUGCGCUAUUACUACGACAAGAACAUCAUCCACAAGACGGCCGGGAAGCGCUACGUGUACCGCUUCGUGUGCGACCUGCAGAGCCUGCUGGGCUACACCCCCGAGGAGCUGCACGCCAUGCUCGACGUCAAACCCGACGCCGACGAGUGACAGGGACGCGGGGGCACCGCUGUCCUCCGGGAGAGCCCACGGGACUCGUUUGGUGGUUCUUUUUUACUGAUUUUCGCUGUUCUUCUGCUUGGUUUUUGUUUUGUUUUUUUUUGGUUUUUUUUCUUCCAAGGGCCACGCAGAUUCGAGGCUUUGAGGAUGUCGGGGGACAGGAGGGAGGAAGAGGAAAACUUUUGGGAAGGAUGGGCUUUUUGUUGAUUUCCUGAAAGCACCAAGACAGGCUUUUCUGGAGGCAAAUUCAGAGUUUUAAGAGAGCCAGAAAAAUGUAGCUCACUUAAAAAACAAAACAAGGGUCCCCCUCCCCACCCGUGGUUGUUUAGAAGAAAAUGCGAUUGAAUGGAUCCCUUUGGUUGCUCACACACAAACUGACAGGUCAGAAAUGACAAUAUUCCUGAGGAUUUGAGGAAUUUAAACUUUAUUUCUUUUGGAAAACCAAAAUGGGUGAAUAUUCUUGCUAUGGGGAGGGGCAAUAUAGGAAAAAGCCAAGAACUGUUGUUCUUGUUCCAUCACCUUUCUGUCCAUUGUCUUCUUUUCUACGAGAGAUAGAGUUUUUCCUGGGAGGGAUCAAGACUUUUUUAUUUUUUUUUAAGGUUUUUUUAUUAAAUUUUGUGCCAGUA